CCCGGCUCGGGGCCGCCCGCCGGUCCCGCUCAACAAGUUCCCCCGGUGCCGCCGGGACCCGGCCGUGAGGAUCCCCCCGGCGCCUCCUCCCGCCCCCCCGAGCCGGGCUCCGCCGCCCAUGAGGGCAGCGGGGGGAGCGGGCGGCGGCGGCGGCUGCCUCUAGCGAGCGCUCGGGCGGCCGCAGCUGAGGAGCGGCGGGGCGGGCGGCUCCGGUUCGGGCUCCGGCGGCCGAUGCGCGGAGCGGCUGCGGGCCAAGCUCGCCCCGGCGGCGGGAGGGAGGGAGAUGCAGCGCAGGGGGAGCGCCCAGCCCGACACUUCAGCCUGAGGAAGCACGAGGCAUCAUGGUGAGUAAGGAGCCCAGCAAAUGCUUACUCACCACCUCAGAAAGCGAAGUUGAACCAGCAGCUUCACUCGCACUGGAGAUGAAAUACGCGCUGGAUCCCAACCGGCAGAUCAAGAAACGCAACAAAGCCCUCCAGGUGAGAUUUAAAGAUAUCUGCGAGGCCCAGAACGAGCAGAGGGACAAAGAGCUCUCGACCACACCGGAUCCCGACAAGAGAGAGGCCAAGUCCAUUUCCUACAAAACCUAUCGCAAGUACAUGACGGUGCCUGCCCGGAGGUCAAUACCCAACGUCACCAAGAGCACAGGAGUCCAGACUUCACCUGAUCUUAAGAAGUGUUACCAGACCUUUCCUCUGGACCGGAAAAAAGGGAAUAUUCUUAAAAGCGCCUCGGCCGUUGACACCUUUAAGGGUCAAAACAACGGGUUUCUAAUAGAUGUGAAGGACAAAGACAGCGGGAGCUCCGGGGAGGCCGUUCAGUGGGGAAGGAAGGCCGGGAGCCUGCAGACAGCAGAGUUCAUUUCCCACAUCAACGAGCGCUCCAGCGCGGGAUCCCGCGACAACGGGGCCGAGGCCUGGGAAAGCCCCGGUUUGCACAGCUCUCCCGUAGGCACACCUCCUCCUCCUGCUCUCCCUAACUCAUCCGACCCCGCUUUGGAGGAUCCCACCCCCGCUGCCCGCCCGCCCAGCCGAGGGAAACAGGCAGCGGGGAGCGAGGAGGCCACCCAAGCCCUCCACGGGAGGGUCUUCAAGACUGAGGUGGCCACUGUUUAUUUACCAGCGUCUGGUUCCAACGCCUCCCAGCCCGACUUGUCCCGUCUCACGGCCGAGGCCGAGUGGUCCCCGUGCCCCACAGCCGAGGAGGACAAAAAGAGGACGGUGCACCUCAACGGUGCUCAGCCCCAGGCGGCGGGAGAUGCUCGAGCCUGCUCGUCGCGGGCGCAGUGUCAAGCCACCGAAUGUAACGAGCAGACCCUUCAGCUGAACGUUUCGCCCAUGGAGGAGAGCCAGCCUUGCCAGACGGCCGUGGCGGUCAGCGAGGAAUGCCAACAAAUCGUGCCUCACACCGAAGUUGUGGACUUGAAAGCCCAGCUUCAGAUGAUGGAAAGUUUGAUCAGCUCCAGUCAGGAAACCAUCAAAGUGUUGUUGGGUGUUAUACAGGAGCUAGAGAAAGGAGAAGCUCACAGAGAAGGGCUUUCGUAUCGGACUGGUCAAGACACAGCUAACUGCGACACAUGCAGGAACAGUGCAUGUAUUAUCUACAGCGUGGAACUGGAUUUUAAACAGCAAGAAGAUAAACUACAGCCAGUUUUGAGAAAACUUCAUCCUAUUGAGGAAACUCAGGUUGCACCUUUGCCUUAUUCUCAGGAGAGCUACUCCUCCACUCCCAAGCAAAAAUCCAAAACUGAAUCAAAAAAGCACGGAAGAUGGAAACUCUGGUUCCUUUAACCCAAGUCCAUGUGGAGUUCAAGGCCUUCUUUGACAAACACUUGGAGUUCUAUCAAUCCUCGCUAAACGGGAUCGUGGUAGACUGAGCAGUUACUGGCCAACGUGGUUCUGACCCUUGUGGUGACAUCCAGUUCUCACCCUGUGUACCAAAAAGGCCUUUGUACCUAUAGACUCCUGUCCAGAAGCAAGGUGUUAAGAGAACCCCUUGCCUAAUCCCUUGCCAACUUUGAUUUGCAGUUCACCAAUGUGGGAUGUAAAACCUGAAUUGAAAUUUGUACAAAGGUGGAAAGUAAAACUAUUCCCCCGCCCUUCUCCUUAGAUCUGAAAGCGUCACAUUCUAACCUGGUAAAUUGUAGGCUGUCAUCCUGUACACAGCUCAAUAUCACUGUUGUUUUCAAGCCUUUUGGGGUUUGGUUUAUUGUCUUUAAACAACAACAAGGGGAGGAAAUAACAAAGCAAGCCUUAUGUUUGCAGUGGUCUUCAGUUUUACAAAUCCAUGUUGAUCGGGGAGUGCAGUUUUCAGCACAUUUAUCCUGGACAAAGCACAAUUUUUCAUGUGGUCCAAGACCAUGACUAGUCUCUAAGAUGUGACUCCGUGUGUAUCUGCCUUCAUGCGAUGUAGACUUCAACUAAGGUACCACACCUUGACAGCUCGCCAUCAUUUCUUAUUUAGCUCUGUCCUCAUCACCAGAGGAACACGUUUGCUGCUCAUCCUCAAGGGGUGAGCAGCCAGAAACCUCCCAAGGUCAGGAGAAGCCUUUAACCACAGCACAGGGUCAUGGCUACAGGACAAUCAUCUGUCCUAGGUCUCACUUCGAGGUCUUUUGGUACCCAAAAACGUCUAAAUGACACAUUCUGACACAU